AUGUUGUCGGCCGGAGCCGUCCUCACAAUUACGUGCGCCAUCGCUGCCGCCGUCGAUCUAAAACACGAUCUUCUAAACAACACUAACAUCGACAAACGAGUUCUAAACCGACUUACCACAUUUCUCGAAUCAAAUAAAACAAUUGGUCAACGUGAACUAGCUCUUCUUAACAAAACUGCCCUUACAUUAGAUUUGGAAGACGAAUUUGUUACAAAAUUCACUAAAUUAGUUAAACAACGUAUUGGUGCCACUAAUGUUAGUGAUGUAAAUACCAGUAUAAGUGAUAUUACCGUUGUUACGACGGCAAAAUCAGUGACAGAAGAUAAAAGUAAAAGGGAGUCAAAGCAUGCUGUUGAAGAGUCACCGGAUUAUGCAUCUUCAGUAGUGCUGGCCAGCGAUCUGCUAGCUUUGACAACUUCUGUAGGGAAAGUGAAGAACAAGGCGUGCAGGGAACAAGGAUAUCGAUUCUUGGAUGGAUUGCUGUUGAACAAAAGAUGGGCGCUGAAAAUGUUCGACGCGUCGGCGAAGUCUCCACAAGGUCUCCUUUUCGGGUCAUCGUACCACCUCGGGAACUUCGACGAAUGCGUUGGCAUUGACGAUUCGGAAGAUGGUGUUGCUAUCGAAGGGCAGUACUGCCUUGCCACCAUUAAGUGGAAACAGGACGACGAGACGAAAAAGGUUCGAACUGGCAGAGGAGAAACCCUUCGCUGGGCGGUUUGUGUGCCCAGUGCCUGCAAUGCCGAGGCAGUUGAGACUUUCGUCAGUGACGUGUUGGCCAACACUGUGGGAAAUGCAAUCCCUACCGGAGUACUCGUAACCGAAAAAGAUUGUUAUACGAGACGACCGCUUACAGUUACUAAUUUGGAUGUGGGAUAUUUAUCUCUCAUCCUAUCAUUCAUGGCAAUUCUCCUAUUCAGCACCAUUUAUGAAGCCUAUUCCCUGCGUCGUGGAAACAACAAGAGCUCUGUUAUUCACGACUUGGUUAUAUCUUUCUCUGUUAUCAAUAAUCUGAAGAAGAUUCUUUCAACUAGACAGAACAAUUCUUUAGGACUGGAAUGUGUCACAGGGAUCAAAACAUUGGCCAUGGUCUUUAUUAUUGCAGGACAUGCUUGUCUAUUUAUAGGCAGUGGACCGGUUAUGGAUGCUGAAGCUUGGGAUCGGUUGGUACGAGAUCCAGCAAAUGCGUUCAUGCUGAACAACGCUCUCUUGGUUGAUACAUUCUUAAUGUUGAGCGCGUUCCUUUUUUGCCGUCUGCUUCUCAUCGAGCUGGAUAAACGACGAGGAAAACUUAAUGUCAUUCCUAUUUUACUUUUUAGAUAUAUAAGGUUAACACCCGCCUACAUGAUUGUGAUAUUGUUCUAUAUGACAUGGCUACCAAAGAUCGGAGAAGGUCCUCUGUGGGAGAAUAGAAUGCUUUUGGAACAAGAAAGGUGUCAGGAGUCAUGGUGGACGAAUAUACUGUACAUCAACAAUUAUGUCAAUACUGAUAAAUUGUGUAUGUUCCAAUCGUGGUACCUCUCAGUGGACACGCAGCUGUUCUUCAUAGCGCCAGUUUUCAUUUACAGUCUUUGGCGGUGGAGAAAAUUGGGUCCUACGCUUCUUGGGCUAGGAUUGUUUGUGUCUCUAUUGAUUCCUUCCAUCAUCACUUAUAAGGACCGAUUGGAUGCCACCAUUUUGUUCUUUGCUAAGGAAUUUACAGACAUCGUGUCUAAUUAUUACUUUAAGGAAGCUUAUAUAAGGACUCAUAUGAAAAUGACGCCUUACUUCAUGGGACUUCUUACGGGGUAUAUUUUACAUAGGAUACAGACUGAAAACUACCAACUUUCCAAGUUAAUGAAAGUCUUCGGCUGGACUACGAGCAUAGUGUUGGGCACAGUGACGACUUUCUCCAUCAGUUUGUUCUAUCAGGAGUGGUAUCAGUACAAUACCAUAGAGGCUGCUGCGUACAUUUCAUUGCAUAAGCUCACGUGGGGUAUCGCUAACGGUUGGCUGAUAAUUGCCUGUGUUACUGGUAAUGGAGGUCUUUUCACAAAACUCCUGACAUGGAAAUUUUUAGUGCCGUUAUCGAGACUUACAUACUGUGCGUACUUAGUAAACGGUAUUGUGGAAUUGUACUACGUUGGACAACUGAGACAUCCGCUGCACGUCACGUUCUUCACUGUGUUGGCAAAUGCAAUUUCACAUUUGAUGUUGACAUUUACGCUUGCCAUGCUGCUGUGUUUGACCUUCGAGUCUCCUAUACACGGCAUUGAAAAAAUAUUGCUUGCAAAAUUCGUUCGCCCAGCUCAAUCCGACAACGCAAGAAGACAAGUGUCUUUAGAGUCCUCCAGAAAUACUAGUCAAUCAAAAUUAGACACGUAGCGGAUAAAAAGACUAAGUAAAAAACUUAGAUUAAUCAGUUAGCAGCAUGUGACUGUGUGAAUGGGAAGUGGGUCAACGCGAGUCCGUAAAAGGAAUUUUGUGAAGUCCUCCAUUUGUGUACAGUAUAUAUGACCAAUUCAGGUUCCAAGGUAAAUAUUAUUUGCAAAACUACAUUUAUCACUUUCGUCGUCGAUCGCUGUUGACUGUUUUUGCCAAUUUUUGAAGGAUAUAUAUAAUAUAACACCUUAAUCUUUAUACGCAUGUUUUGAAGCCUUUCUAAUUUAUUGAGUAGGCUGAUUACCAAAUCCAUGUAGCAAUGCCUCAAUAAGUUGCUAACCUCGGCAAUGUGCGACUCCCACGUAAUAGACACCGAUCAAAAAUAACCCCCCGGUUCUUGACUGUACCCAUAUAAGGAAUUUGGAUACUGUCAAAACCCACACGUGACAAGGAAUUGCGAUUGAAACUGAAUGUUAAUAAAAUGCUGCAAAUAACACAUUGUGUCAGGGCUUAACGUUUAGACCAAAAGAUUGGCUCCAGCAAAGAAUAGAUUUCCAAAAGGUCAACAUUAGUAACACCGAUGGUAAAUGGUAAUCGUAAAGAGGUAACACAAAAACUUGGAGGUUGUCAGUACAAAAAUGAUAGAAAGAAGUGUGAGGGAGUUGAUAAAGAUAGAAAAUAAGAAAGCAGAAAGGACGCCACCUUGCGGAACUCCGGCAGAGAUAUCAACGCAGUAUGUUAGCAAAGAAUUUUCAUAACUAAUUCGUGCCCGUCGUUUACAAAGUUAGCUUCAAAAUUAAUUAAUAAUUACUGGAGAUAUGUUAAGAAAACGUAUAUUUCCAUUAGUAGGCCAAAGUCAUCGCGAUCGAAAGCAUUAUGGAAGUUGAGGAGUGUUUGUACUUACAUAUAUUAUCUGUGGUUGGAACAGUACAAUUGUUGAUUUUUCAGACUCAUAUAGAUGUCGUCAUUAAUUUUCGUAAGUGUAGUAGUCAUACUAUGACCGAUGCGAAAACCGGACUGGAUAAAAUUGUCUAGGAAUUAAAUGAACUGAUGGAGACUAAGCUUAUCUUAUACUUUCGACAGGGAAAAUGAAUUUGAAUAGGACGGUAGUCUGGCAGGGUACUUGGUUAGGAUUAUUUUAUUAAACGGGAUGAUAUAAGCAUCUUAUCAGGUAGUGAUGAAGAAACAGGUAGAAACACAUGUGACAUGUAAUAUAUGACUACGAAUGUGAAUAUGAACAGAUAUAGUAAGGACACUAAGACUAAUACAAUCUCUAUGUACAGUAUUGUAGGUGAUAAUAGUCAGUAAAUUGAUUGAUAAGAAAGGAGGAACAGUAAAGAGUUGGGAAUUAAGAAAGAUACUAUACAAUGUAGUAUUUGAUUCUGUAGUGUACGACAAAGGCUCCAUAAUUUUUGAUUAAAAGGAUUACUAAAUAGAAAAACAAACGAGUCAGAUAUUACGCUCAGUAUGGUUCUUCAGAAAAUUUAAACUGUAAUAAGCCCUUUUUAUUCAAACCAAGUGAAGUUAAACCUAAAAUACGUUGUGAUGUUAAAACCAAAAUUUAUUGAAACUCUCUUCGUGUGAAGUACUGAGAACUGAGAGGUCUUGGUUGUUUGCAUAUGUCAUUCAAUGUAAGCCUUGCUUAUGUCGUCAUAAGAUAGCGUAAUCCCCAUCAUGGUGUCAAACGCUAAAUCAAUCCAAAUUUCCACCAAGAUACGUGACAUUUUUAGUGUAGUAAACAGGAAAACCGUGUUUGUGUUAAAUUACGGUUUAUGCUGUCGACAAUACCCCACUUUCAUCUACAUGAAUAUUAGAUAUAACUAGCUAAGAUGUAACAGAAACCCAAUUGUUUCAAUUUGCUUAGGAAUUGAGAUUGUGUACUUGCGGUUAGUUUGAAUAUGUGUCUGUUGAAUACGUGAUUUGUAUAAAUAUAUGAUUGUAAUAGGCUAUUUGGUAAUGUAAACGAAAUGUAUAUAAUAAUGUUUUUCACACACGUGACACAGUUUUUUUAAGAUCGUAAAAUUAUAAUUUUUAGAUAAGUUUUUUUAUAAACUUAGGAAACAUUAAAAUAACAACAUUUUAUAAAAUGAAACUAUUUUAUUGGGACCCUUUACAGAGCCCAUGUCAAUCGUGAACAUGGGCCCUGUAAAGGGUCCGAAACGUUGGCUUAUUUGAAGAAACAUAUACCUAUAUGCGACUUAGAGCUGCAAAAAUAGUUUCAUUUCCUAUAAAAAAAAGUCAAGUGGCCAAUUAGUAUAAGUUUAAGUUAGACUAAAUAUUCGUCAGCUUUAAAAGCGUAUUUGUUAUUGUUGUAUGUGAUAAUAUGACCAUAUCCCUAAGAUUUAGUUUAUCAUUUAUUAGUGUAUGUAAAAAUAGCCUUAGAAUUAUUAUAAAGGCAUAUAAAUUGUAGGGUGUAUUAUAGAGGAAAUUUCGUCGUAUGAAAUUGUAAAUGUUUUAAUGAAUUAUCGAAUUUAAUUUUAUUCUGUAAAGUUACUCAGCCAUCAAAAGUUAACAUUCUCAUUAAUAAUCGUAUUUCUUGAAUUAAACUCAUUAAUUGAACAAACUUAACACCAACUAUCCUAAACGCAUUACGACGGCCUGAACAAAAAUUUAAUACUGAAGAAGUUUAAUACUGAGAAGAUUCCAGAGUUGCAUUGUAUCUGGACCAUUCUUAUUUGUGCAAUUUUAUUUUGUGCAUAUAUAUUAAAAAAUUAUAUACUUGUAUUACUUAGUCAAUU